UUUCAGACUUCGUUGUGCUCCAAUACGGCGGCGCUGUGACCCUGAGAAAGCAAGAUGACCUGCCAGGCAAAAGGACCGAGUGACGACGACGUGCUAACGAGUUAGCCGGUUAGCCACCCAGGUAGUUGAAUUAUGCCAAGCAAAAAGAAGAAAUACAACGCCAGAUUCCCCCCGGCAAGGAUUAAGAAGAUUAUGCAGACAGAUGAAGAAAUAGGAAAAGUGGCCGCAGCAGUACCUGUUAUUAUUUCGAGAGCCCUGGAGCUUUUUUUGGAAUCAUUGCUUACAAAGGCCUGUCAGGUCACCCAGUCGAGGAAUGCAAAAACAAUGACAACGUCACAUUUAAAGCAGUGUAUUGAGUUGGAGCAACAGUUUGAUUUCUUAAAAGACCUGGUGGCAUCUGUGCCAGAUAUGCAAGGCGAGGGGGAAGAGAACCACACUGAGGCGGGUGGAGAAAAAGUCCCACGCAGGGGUCGAAAACCAGGGUCUGGCCGCAAGAAUGGGGGGGCUGGCUCCAAAGGCAAGGACAAGAAGUUGUCUGGCACAGAGUCAGAGCAAGAGGAUGACUCUGAAGACAGCGAGACAGAUGGAGACGAGGAGGAUGGCUCUCAGUCAAGCACAAACCUGCAGGCUGCAUCAAGGUUCCACAGCUCGAACGCACCCUCCCAGUACAUGCACAUGGGCAACAUAGUGUCGAUGGGCAGCAUGGCUCCAGCACAGCCCCAGGGCGGCAUGACCUUCGACCCCCACCCCUCCAUGAUGAGUGUUGCGCCACCUCCCCCAGCUUUUGCGGCGCACAAAAAUGAGGAUGACGACGAAGAUUAUGACUCUUAGCUCCCUCUUACUUCCUCCUCCACCACUCACACACACACACACACACACAGACACACACUUUUUCAACAUUAUUUUUGAUUUCUUAAGUUGUUCUUACGGCGGCUGCUCUGAGCAGAGGAGGGAAAGACUCUUCAUGGCAGCACGCCAACAGCGAAGCCCUCAGCAGCGGGCUGUAAGAGACCGCUGCGGGAGAUAGAAACCUGGUUGUAUAUUAUGUGUUUUAAUUUUCUUGAUUUUUCUUGUUGUUUUUUUUUUUUUUUUUUUUUUAAAGGUUUUAUUUCAUUGUAGAAGAGAAUCCAAAGAGGAUGUUUUUUAACAAGUCAGUCAUUCUAUUUUGACUAUUAAAAAUGGCAGUUGUCACUGUUUUUGCCAUGAGCCCCAGCAGACAGGAUACGUGUGGCUUGCAUUUCCUUGUAGCCUUUUCUUUUGGCACUUUUCUUUCUUCUUCAGUCCUCUAUAGUAGGCAUUAUGAAUUGAAAAAAAAAAAAUCUGUCACUCAAACUAUCAAGUUGGCUGAACAAGGUUCUGUAAGCGCUACUCAAAAUCUACUUAAAGCCUUUCAUGCUCAUGCAAAGGCAACUAGACGAGAUGAGUUCCGGACCACAGUUUGUGAAGCAUUUGGAAGGAGAUCAGCACUUGUCGAAGGGAAUAGAAAGUCAUUGUCUUACCCGUGAAACAUUGUAUUACUGUGUUAUUGAUUGGCUUAUUAAUUACUGCUGUUAAGAUGUGAGCCCUACUUCCUGCCUUUGUCACAACGUGCUUGUCAGUCCGAUUGCCAGGCUGCAACAUAAACAAAGAGGCAGGUGUAUUUUUACUAUAGGUUAGCUAACCACAGCUUUUUGAAUUAGUUUCUAUUUUUAAUUCACGUUUUUAUCAACUGUAAACCUCCAUCACCACAGCCCUGAAGUCAACCAUAUCAGCAAGGUUAAUGAUUGACAUUUUGUUGGUUGUUGUUUUUGAAGCCAUCUUAGGUUAGUUGCUCUGGCAGUUGCACCUCGUACAUUAUUUUUGCAGCCAUUCAAUUCCGCUGAAUUAACCAUCAGAAGUAUACUGUGACUCCUGGACCAUAACUUUGUUUUUAAAGUUGUUUGUCUCCUUUGUCCUCUCUAAUUUCUAUUCUGGCCAACCCUACAAUUUUGAUUAACUUUUCUCUUGAUCUUCAACAUUUGUUCCCCUCUUUUAGCUUGUUUUAAAUGUAUCCAUUGAAAGCAGAUAUGGGGUUCCCAUUUAUGUGUCAGUCUCAGUAUGAAAUGUUUCCAAAUAGACAGUUAAAGUUGACACUGUAUUGUAAACUUUUAACAUUCUUUUUAUUUUGUAUGGGUGAAAUAAAGUUCAUAUUUCAAUUAAAAAAAAAACAACAA